AACAAAUAUAUUUACUUUUGAUGUCUUCUUAGAAGUUUUGGUGUUUUGUAAUUUAAAAGAAAACUGGGGCCAUAAAUUUGUAGCCAUGGGACAAACUCAAGAAAAUCUCCCACUAAUUACAGAAUCAGAUCAUAUAGCCAUAGAAGCAAGCUCAGAAUUUAAUGAGAUAAACAAAGAAGCAAGCAGCUCGGAAUCUUCAGAACCAAUCAUCAACGAAGAAAAAAUGAACCGAAAAGGAAAUUACAUGAAAUGGCUUAAGAUCACUUUCUACAUCAUCAUCCUCCUUAUAGGACAAACAGUUGCAAAUCUCCUUGGAAGACUGUAUUUUGAAAAAGGAGGUCAUAGCAAAUGGAUUGGAACCUUAGUCCAAGUAGCAGGCUUCCCCAUCCUCCUUCCUUAUUAUUACUUCAUAGCAAAAACCAAACAUAAUACAAACACAAACAACAACAACAACAACAACAUUAUUUCAAAAUUAACAGAACAACCAAGAGUGUGGAAUUUGAUUAUGAUUUAUGUCUCAUUGGGGUUGUUUGUAGCAGUUGAUUGUUACCUAUUCUCCGUUGGUUUAAUGUACCUCCCUGUCUCAACUUUUUCCCUCAUUUGUUCCUCACAAAUAGCGUUCAAUGCCAUCUUCUCUUUCUUCCUCAACUCCCAAAAAUUCACUCCUGCGAUCAUCAUCUCUCUUGUUCUUCUCACCAUCUCCUCCACCCUCCUGUUUUUUGAAACAGAAUCAGAGGGAUCAGUCAAAAACAAGGAGUCUAAGGCUAAAAACAUGAUUGGUUUCGUUUGUACCAUAGUUGGAGCAGCAGGGUAUGGCCUACUCCUAUCUUUAACACAGUUGUUCUUCGACAAGAUGAUGAAAAGCGAGUCGUUCAAGGCGAUUGUGGACAUGAUUGUGUACCGGUCGUUGGUGGCUUGUGUAACGAUUGUUGUUGGGAUUUUUGUGAGUGGAGAGUGGAGGGAUUUGAAGAGGGAGAUGAAUGAGUUUGAACUGGGAAAAGUGUGUUAUUUUAUGACAUUGGUUUGGAAUACCCUUAUGUGGAAAAUUUUCACUGUUGGGUCUAUUGCUUUGAUAUUUGAGGUUUCUUCUCUGUUUUCCAAUGCUGUAGGUGUUCUGGGAUUGCCUAUCAUUCCUGUUGCGGCGGUGAUCGUCUUUCAUGAUAACAUGAGUAAGCUGAAAGUUGCUUCCAUGGCUUUAGCGAUUGGGGGUUUCAUUGCUUAUGUUUAUCAGCAGUAUGUUGAUGAUUUCAAGUCCAAGAAAGAUUCUAAAAGUUCAUUGUGAAGAAAUGUGGACAAAUUUCACAUCUUUUGUAGAAUUACAAAGCAUUUAAAAGUAUGUUAUAAAUAUUUGUUUUCAAUGUUCCAUGGAUCCGUAGGACAAAACAAGAUAUCAACUGAUCCUUGUUUUUAGUCCAAGGCUAAGAUUUUUUCUUCUUCCUGCUUUUAUACUAUCACACAUUAAAAGUUCUUUA